CUUCAAUAUUUAAGUAUUUUGACAUAUUAGUAUUCUCGUAUUUUGCGUUCAGUUUUGAGCACUCUUAAAAGAAAAUUAACCAAUUUUUCUUGCUUUCUCUCAUCCUUCUCUUCUUGUUCCAACAACCGAAACCAUGGAUCUUGUUGCUCAGCCUGUGGUCUCUGAACUCUUUAAGGGGUUGUUUAAGAUUUUGGGGUCCAAUGAGGUGCGGGACUUUGCCCGGAACCUUGUUGGAGGGGUAGAUUCUGAACUCGAUGAGCUGAAGAAAAAGUUGCUGACGGUUGAAAAGCUUCUUCGCAAGGCAGAAGACAAGCAACUCACGUAUGGGGACGUAAAAGAGUGGCUUGACAAUCUUCAAGACUGGGCUUAUGAUGCGGAAGACAUACUGGAUAAGUUUGCUUACGAAGCUUUGCGACGCAAACUGAAGACAGAACACCAGCCGAGCUGUUGCAAGGGAUUGAGCUGCAUUCCUGAUUGUUUCAGUAGAGCCAAGUUCAAUGUCCACAUGGGGUCCAAGAUCAAAGACAUCACUGGCCGCUUGGAACAGCUUCUGCAGGAACGAUCAGAUGAACGUGGAUUGCUAGAGCUUUCUGGAGGGACAUCAAGUAACGUCGCUGCACCGCAAAGGCCAGAGGAAACUUCAAGCGUCCCACCUGAAAAAGAAGUUUAUGGCAGAGAUAAAGAUGAAGCCAAACUACUUGACAUGGUGAAAAGCGCUCAACCAAGUGGUGCCAACUUUCGAGUGAUAGCCAUCGUCGGCAUGGGAGGGAUCGGCAAAACGACAGUGGCUCGAGCGGUGUACAAUCACGAGGAAUUGGAAGGUUUCAAGUUUGAGGAAAAAGCGUGGGUCUGUGUUUCGGUCAAUUUUGACGUUCUCACUAUCUCAAAGAAUAUCCUUGGGUCAUUAAAACACUCUUCAUCCUCCAAUCCAAAUAAUUUAAAUGAAGCACAAGUUGAACUGCAGAAGGCAGUAAAUGGGAAAAAAUUCUUGAUAGUAUUAGACGAUGUCUGGGAGGUAGACUACAGAAAAUGGGAACAGCUUAUAUCUCCCUUCAAAGCUGGUGCACCUGGAAGCACGAUGAUCGUCACAACACGCCGUGAAGAUGUUGCAAAAACAGUAAGAUGCUCCCAUAUUCACCAUUUAAAGCUUUUAUCCAAAGAAGCUUGUUGGGACUUGUUUACGGAGCAUGCACUUGCGACUGGUACUGCUGCUGAUGCUGAUCUAAUUACCGAUUCAAUUCGUAAGAGAGUUCUUGAAAGGUGUCGUGGUCUACCUCUGGCAGCAAAGACCCUGGGUGGUCUUCUACACUCUAAGCCGAUUAAUACUUGGGAAAGAAUGUUAGAUAGCGACGUAUGGAAUUCAUUUGAAGAAAAUGAUGUUCUGCCAGUACUAAAGUUAAGUUAUCUCUAUCUUCCUCCGCAUUUAAAAAGAUGUUUCACAUAUUGUGCGAUUUUUCCAGAAGAUUACGAAUUUGAGAAAGAGGAACUUGUGCUUCUAUGGAUGGCAGAAGGUAUUGUUCAAUCAUUUGAUACACAACGGGAUGUCGCAGGUCAGUACCUUAAUGAUUUGUGUUCAAGGUCGCUUUUUCAAAAAUCAAGUAAUGAUGGUUCUAAAUAUGCAAUGCAUGACCUUGUCCACGAUCUAGCUAAAUCGGUUUCUAAAAAAUUCAGUUUUAGCUUUGAGAAAUCCAUUAUCGAGCUACCAGAAAAUGUUAAAAGAAUUCGUUAUUUUUCUUAUCUUUCUAAUAGAUAUGAUUUGGAAAAGAAUUUUAAGGGCUUGGAAAAACUUGAGAAUUUAAAAACAUUCUUGCCGAUGUAUGGAGGUUAUUAUAAUUACUACAUAAGUGCUAGAGUUCUCUUUGAUUUGUUGCCAAAGUUAGAGAAGUUGAGAGUAUUAUCUUUAAAAAGAUACCGUAUCACUCAUUUACCUAAUUCAAUUGGAAAUCUGGUUCAUCUAAGGUAUCUCAACUUUUCUCACAGUAGGAUCAAAAGUUUGCCUGAGUCAACAAGCCAAUUAUUUAACUUGCAAACUUUGUUAUUAAAAGAUUGUUCUUCUCUCGUAAAGUUACCUUCCAACAUGAGAUAUUUGACCAAUCUAUAUCAUCUUGAUAUAAGUGGUCAAAAUUUAUUGGAAGAGAUGCCGUCAAGAAUGAGAGAGUUGAAAAAUCUCCGAAAGUUGUCCAACUUUAUUGUGGGGAAGGAAUCGGGCUCAAAUUUGGAAGAUUUGAAGAGCUUAAAUUUUCUUCAAGGAGAGCUUCACAUUUCCAAAUUAGAGAAUGUGAAUAAUAUAAGGCAAAUAGGUGGGUCCAUAUUAAGCAAUAAAAAUGAUUUAAAAGUGUUGUCAUUAGAGUGGGGAUCCGAAUUUGAUGGCUCACGAGUGGAGAGAGUAGAAAAGGAUGUGCUAGAAAUGUUGAAACCGUAUAGCAAUCUAGAAAAGCUAACAAUUAGAUCCUAUGGUGGUUUAGAAUUUCCAUCUUGGUUAAGCACUUCGUCAUCACUCUCUAAAUUGGCGGUCCUUAAAUUAGAAAAUUGUAAAAAUUGCACAAACUUGCCUUCAGAAAACCUAUUGAGCUCACUUAAAGAGUUAGUCAUUGAAAGGAUGCCGAAACUAGAAAGAAUAAAUAUGCGAAUUCCUUGCAAUUCAUUAGAGGUUCUUCGUUUUAGGAAUUUGCAAACAUGUCAGUAUUGGGACACCAAAGGGGAAAAUGAGAAUGUUGAAAAUUUCCCAAAACUUCGUGAGCUUUCCGUUAUUGAAUGUCCCGAACUCAUCAUAGAAAUGCUUGAUCAUCUUCCCUCAUUGAAAAAACUUGAUAUUGAAAAGUGUGCAAAGUGGACGGUUUCAUUCUCAAGUUUUCCAAAGCUCACCAAAUUAGAAAUUGAUGGGUGCAAGGAAGUGGUGUGUACUGGUAGUUCUACGGAGUUCAUGUCACCUGAGUCUGAAUCUCUUCCAAACAUUGUAGGAUCUGAAAAUUGGUUGAGUCAAGGUUUCAGUUGUGUUGAGAAGCCACUAAAAUGGAGUCAUAGCCUCACCUCUCUUAAAAGCUUAUCUAUAGCAAAUUGUGGUAUCUCAUUUCUAAACAACAUUUUUCUUCCCAAUUUGAGUCGUCUUGAGAUUAGAAAUUGCGAGGCUCUGAAAUCUUUGCCGAAAAGAUUGAAGCAAAACAACAUAGAAAGACUGACAAUUUUGGGUUGUGAUUCUCUAUUAUUCAUUGCAAGAAACGCACUGCCUUCGUCUCUAAAACGCCUUACGAUAAGCAGUUGUGAGCGAGUACAACAUUUGGAGGGUAUCAGUUCUACUCUUCUCGAGGAGUUGGAUAUUUCCCAUUGUGAUUCUCUAUUAUUCAUUGCAAGAAACACACUGCCUUCCUCUCUAAAACGCCUUAGUAUAGGGGGUUGUAAGAAAUUACAACAUUUGGAGGGUAUCAGUUCUACUCUUCUCGAGGAGUUGGAUAUUGGUGAUUGCAAGUCUCUCACGUGCCUAUCAUCACGAGCAUUGUUGCCUAAGACACUCAGAAUUCUUUAUAUUUAUGAGUGUCGAAAUCUCACAACAUUAUUAUCAACAAGGUGGUGCGUACAUGAAUCACUUGAGACCCUCUAUAUUGAAGAUUGUCCAAAGCUAAAGUCACUAGAAGAGGCAUUUAACAAUAACCCCCGUCUUCAAGAUGUACGUUUAGUGCGUCUUCAAAAUCUUGAAUCCAAUAGAUUGUUCGGCCUACAUAAUCUUACUAGUCUUAAAGAAUUAACACUAGAUGGGGAAGAGGUCGAAAUUAGUAAGAGACUGAUUAGAUGGGGAUUGCACAAUCUCACCUCUCUUAAACAUCUUGAAAUUAAGGGAUUUGAAGAUCCAGAGCUUAUUCUAUCGGAGGACCAGCGAAUGCCCACUUCUCUUGAAUCUUUGAAGAUCUCUAAUUUCGCACCGUUUAGAUCUGUUUCAGAUUUGGGCACAUUGACCUCUCUUACAGACUUGAGAAUUGAGGAUUCCCCAAAUCUCAAGUCAAUUCCAGACCUAGGAAGCCUCGUAUCACUUAAAAGCUUCUGCAUAGGGAGUUGCCCAAAGAUCAAAUCAAUUCCAGAUCUGGGAAGCCACACCUCCAUUGAAAAAUUCAGCAUUUGGAGUUGCCCAAAUCUCAAAUCAAUUGCAUGCCUGGGAAGCCUCACUUCUCUUCAAACCUUGCAUAUCAGUGGUUGCCCAAAGCUCAAAUCCUUGCCAAGUCUGCCACCUUCACUUGUGGAAUUACGGAUCUGGAGUUGUCCAUCACUAAAAAAGCAGUGGAGAAGAGGUAAAGGGAAGUAUUGCUCAAUGAUAACUCACAUCCCUACUGUUAGAAUAGAUCGAAAAUUCAUCUUCAAUUCAAAGGAGGAGAAUUGAGCUUAAUUAAGUGAAUUCAAGGAUGCAGUCAGAUAAUCAUCAAGAUAAUCGUCAAGGACACAAUCACAGUGGUACUUUGUACUGUGAUUCAGAUGAGUUACACAUCUGCCAUUCAAAGGAAGAACAUUAAGAGGCAGAACUUUGAACUAUUUUGGCUCUCAAAUUGAAGAAUCAAUCAGAUAAUUGUCUCAUUUCAAUCCAGGGUUGUUAUAUACGAGUUUCAUUUCAGAUGAUCACUUCGUUUUGAUUGAGGGGGAAUGAAAGUAGACUACGAUUGGGAAGGCUGAAAUUUUCCAUCUCCAAUUUCAUGAUUGCUAAACCUGGUUUUAAUGGUUUUAGCAUCAGAGGGUGGAGAUUUGAGGAUAAAGCAGCCCUUAUAAGCCCAAAAUUAGCUUAAUUCUUAAGGAGAAAAUGAUGAGAGCAAAGUCAAGUAAUGGACAUUUACAUAUCCUAUAUAAGAACUGGCUGAAAUAUUUGAUGUUCAUUAACUACAAGCACAUGAGAUAUUCUUUCUCAUGAUUGAGUGAUGAAAUUGACACAGCUUUGAUAGAUUGAUGCGCUACCUUGGGUGAAAGACUUGAAGUAUAUGUGGCCUACAAUAGCCAUAACCAAAUAAAGAGCUGAGUUUGUGACCAGUUCCUAUGUUGGAUAUCAAAAAUUACAAAAAUCUCCAAUAUUACAUCUCUUGAACUUCUGAAGAUCAGAAGAUGUUCUCUGUUUGAAUCUCAAGUCCUUACCAAAUGUCUUAUUGAUGCCUGUCCCCUAACUUGGUGCAAUAAAGAAAAGGGAAGACCAGUGCAGUGAUUCAGAUGAGUUACAUAUCUGCCAUUCAAAUGAAGAACAUUAAGAGGCAAAACUUUGAACUAUUUUGGCUCUCUAAUUGAAGAAUCGAUCAGAGAAUUUUCUCAUUUCAAUCUAGAUAUGAGUUUUGUUUUAGAUGAUCACUUCGUUUUGAUUGAUGGGGAAUGAAAGUAGACUACGAUUGAGAAGGCUUAAAUUUUUCUUCUCCAAUUUCAUGAUCAGAAGGUGGAGAUUUGAGGAUAAAGCAGCCCUUAUAAGCCCAAAAUUGGCUUAAUUCUUAAGGCACUCCUUUGUACUAAAAGUAACUCUCUUUAGUAAGAUGAAGUGUUGUUUUUAAAAAGAGGCUUGGUGAGCACCAUGACCGAGUCCAUAAAAAAUAAAGAAAUGAUAAGAGCAAAAUCAAGUAAUGGACCUUUACAUAUCCUAUAGAAGAAAUGGCUAAAAUAUUUGAUGUUCAUUAAUUGCAAGCACGUGAGAUAUUCUUUCUUGUGUUAAGUAGACUUAUCUUUAUAUUUUCUCAACACGAUUGCCUUUUUUCCUACAAGAGCAUGUUUCCUUAAUUGUAUUUAUUAAUGUUCAAGGUGAAUCCUAGGAUUGGAGUGAUGAAAUCAACACAGCUUUGAUAGAUUGAUGCGUCACCUUGGGUUAAAGACUUGAAGUAUAUGCGGCCUACAAUAGCUAUUACCAAAUAAAGAGCUGUGCUUGUGAUCAGAUCCUAUGGUGGAGAUCAAAAAGUGCAAAAAUAUCCAAUAUUACAUCUCUUGAACUUCUAAAGAUCAGAGGAUGUUCUCUGUUUGAAUCUCAAGUCCUUACCAAAUUUCUUAUUGAUGCCUGUCCCCUAACUUGGUGCAACAAAGAAAAGGGAAGACCAGUCCAAAAUAAACCAUGUCCAUUUAAGAUAGAAUAGAUGGCAAGUAGUCUCUUGAUGAAAUUGGAUAAGUGAUUUAGCCAACAUGGCUUGAGAUUUGAAAUCUAAAGAGGGUUAAGGCCAUAACCAUCAGAUCAUUGCUUCACAAACUUGGGUGCUCCAUUCAGUCUCCAUGGUACCAUAAACUUAUUGUGAUGAUAAGAGGAAUGUGAAGCCUGAAAAACUGCAGUGGCAAAGCAGCAAUGUAGGCACUUGAGUUGAGACAGUUUCUUCUUCCAGUGGAAAUUAAUUUGUUAAGAAAUUGUAUAAGAGUGUUGUGAGUUGUGAGGUCUUUCUAAAUAAUAAGAGCCAAAGACUAUAGAAGAAAGUUUCACCUUUCGGUAUUUGCGUGCAAAAAGUGGGAGUGUUAAAAGAAAUAUGAGAGACUGGUGUACGAGGGUUUUGGGUUUGGGUUUAGGCUUUAACAUGAGUGCAUUAGACUUAUACUUUUAUUUCCUAUUUAGUCAUUUGACUCACAUUCCGUGGAUGUAGGCAUAAUUUGCCGAACCACGUAAAUUUGGCGUUUUAUGCGUGUGUGAUUGUCUAUUUAUUUUUCAUAUCUUUUAGACCUAAUUAGAAUUCUAAAAUCUGUAUAAAGUAUGCCCCGUAUAAGGUCGCUCUCUCCCAUACCCACCUAGAAAUGAGACAGGUGAUAUAAUCAAGUUGAUUUUACCUAGUUU